CUGGGGCUCUCCCCGCAGGCGAGCCGUAGGAAUAAGGGGGGUUGCAUGGGGAGACGUGGGGGCCCUCUGGCGUGACCCCUCUGGCGCGGCUGGGCAGCGGGAGCUGAGCGGCGCGGCGAUGGUUGCGGUCUCCCAGGGCUGCCCGUGCCUCAGUUCAAUCCCGGCCUCUAGCGGAGGAGCCAAUUCGCGGGACUGUAGAGCCGGAUAAUCAAGAGCUGCGGAAUCGCCUCCAGGUGGACUGAAGGAUACAGCAUCUUAUAUUACCUGUGGAUUUGAGAAGUGAAGAAUAACUCUGAUCACAGGGUGACUCAAUUUGCCUAUGUUUUGAUGGAAAAAUGAAAGCAUCUAGAAUACAGCAUUUUUUAUACUUCUAAAACUGCCUUUGACUACAACAUCUAUUCCCUUAAAAAUACACACAAAAUGUCAGAACUUGACCCUUCAUCUGGAUUAGUAGGAAACAUGGAAAAUGGGACUUUUCUGGAGCUAUAUCCCACAUCCCUGUCAACUUCAGUGGAUUCCUCAGCUGGACGCUUAUCAAAUGUCUAUGUCUAUGUUUCUAUAUUUCUCAGCCUCUUAGCAUUUCUUCUUUUGUUAUUAAUCAUUGCACUUCAGAGGCUGAAAAACAUCAUCUCUUCCAGUGCCUCGUACCCAGAAUACACUAGUGAUGCUGGAAGUUCUUUCACUAAUUUAGAAGUUUGUAGUAUUUCUUCCCAGCGAUCUGCUUUCUCAAACCUUUCUUCAUGAAAAGAAAUGAAGGAAAUACAUUGGGAAAUGGAACAACUUUGUCUAGCUUUUGAGGGAAAUAGUGCAUGUAACAUUUGCCAUUGAGGACUAUUAAUCAUGAAAGAGGUGACUUUUAGACUUCUCUUUGAGUUUUCUUUCUCUUUUUAGUUUCCAUUUCCCCUUUUAUUAAUGAUGCUUUUCAUCUUGGAGCAUGGAAAAUGGCAUCUGGUCGUAGCUUCAUGUAUGUAAUAUUAAUGCUGCCUUUCUGUCAUAUGUAUACACAUCCAUGCAUACACACAGUCUUCCUGCCAAAUUUGAAUAUGGUUCUAGGUGGAUGUUCUAAUUCUUUGCAGUUGUAUCCCUCUUACCUGGAUUUCCCUUUGUUAGUGUGUCAUUGGCUUUUCACUGGCUAGGGCCUUCUGGACAAGAUCACUUUCACAAAAAUGCCACCACGCUAAUUUGAUAGACAAAUUGGCACCUUGGCCAAUUUUAAAGUUAUUGGGUGGGGUUUUUUGUUUGUUUUGUUUUUAAUUGUGAUGUCGUUUCAGUAUUUCAAUUAUGUUAUUAAAACAAAACUAAAAUAAUUCUUUUGUUAACAAACAUUAAUUUUGUCUCUGUAUAUCAAUCCAUUGAAUCUUUCUGUAUAAAGCCUCUAGAAGUCAAUUUUCACAAACACUUUAACAUAUUUGCUUAAUUUUAUUUAGCAAAAGCAACUAGAAUAAAUAUGCACAGUUGUAAACUCAAGCUGUACUGUAUGUUGUAAAGAUAUUUUUAGGACUUACUUGCAUGCAGUUGACAGGGCUACCUGCUUCUUAGAGGGAAUGGGUUUCUGCCUCUGCACACCUCCUUUCCAUACGUCCGUGCUAUUCUAGCUUAUUGUUAAUGAAGCCAAACACAAUCUGAGCAGCCUCUGCUCUCCUUGAGAGACACAUAACUCCCAUUACUGUUGCUGGCAGCUGAUUGCCUUUAUUAAGAGCCCUUAUAGGCAUGAGGAGUUCUUACCUCAGUGGAGCUACUUACAUCAGUCAGAAUCAUAGAAUAUCAGAGUUGGAAGGGACCUCAGGAGGUCAUCUAGUCCAACCACCUGCUCAAAGCAGGACCAAUCCCCAACUAAAUCAUCCCAGCCAGGGCUUUGUCAAGCCUGACCUUAAAUAUAUCUAAGGAAGGAGAUUCCACCACCUCCCUAGGUAACGCAUUCCAGUGUUUCACCACCCUCCUAGUGAAAAAGUUUUUCCUAAUAUCCAACCUAAACCUCCCCCACUGCAACUUGAGACCAUUACUCCUUGUUCUGUCAUCAGCUACCACUGAGAACAGUCUAGAUCCAUCCUCUUUGGAACCCCCUUUCAGGUAGUUGAAAGCAGCAAUCAAAUCCCCCCUCAUUCUUCUCUUCGGUAGACUAAACAAUCCCAGUUCCCUCAGCCUCUCCUCAUGAGUCAUGUGUUCCAGUCCCCUAAUCAUUUUUGUUGCCCUCUGCUGGACUCUUUCCAAUUUUUCCACCUCCUUCUUGUAGUGUGGGGCCCAAAACUGGACACAAUACUCCAGAUGAGGCCUCACCAAUGUCGAAUAGAGGGGAACGAUCACGUCCCUCAAUCUGCAGGCAAUGCCCCUACCUAUACAUCCCAAAAUGCCAUUGGCCUUCUUGGCAACAAGGGCACACUGUUGACUUAUAUCCAGCUUCUCGUCCACUGUAACCCCUAGGUCCUUUUCUGCAGAACUGCUGCUGAGCCAUUCGGUCCCUAGUCUGUAGCGGUGCAUGGAAUUCUUCCGUCCUAAGUGCAGGACUCAGCACUUGUCCUUGUUGAACCUCAUCAGAUUUCUUUUGACCCAAUCCUCUAAUUUGUCUAGGGCCCUCUGUAUCCUAUCCCUACCCUCCAGCGUCUUUACCUCUCCUCCCAGUUUAGUGUCAUCUGCAAACUUGCUGAGGGUGCAAUCCACACCAUCCUCCAGAUCAUUUAUGAAGAUAUUGAACAAAACCGGCCCAAGGACCAACCCUUGGGGCACUCCACUUGAUACCGGCUGCCAACUAGACAUGGAGCCAUUGAUCACUACCCAUUGAGCCCAACAAUCUAGCCAACUUUCUAUCCACCUUAUAGUCCAUUCAUCCAGCCCAUAUUUCUUUAACUUGCUGGCAAGAAUACUGUGGGAGACCAUGUCAAAAGCUUUGCUAAAGUCAAGGAACAACACGUCCACCGCUUUCCCCUCAUCCACAGAGCCAGUUAUCUCGUCAUAGAAGGCAAUUAGAUUAGUCAGACAUGACUUGCCCUUGGUGAAUCCAUUCUGACUGUUCCUGAUCACUUUCCUCUCCUUUAAGUGCUUCAGAAUUGAUUCCUUGAGGACCUGCUCUAUGAUUUUUCCAGGGACUGAGGUGAGGCUGAAUGGCCUGUAGUUCCCCGGAUCCUCCUCCUUCCCUUUUUUAAAGAUGGGCACUACAUUAGCCUUUUUCCAGUCUUCUGGGACUUCCCCGGAUCGCCAUGAGUUUUCAAAGAUAAUGGCCAAUGGCUCUGCAAUCACAUCCGCCAACUCCUUUAGCACUCUCGGAUGCAGCGCAUCCAGCACCAUGGACUUGUGCUCGUCCAGCUUUUCUAAAUAGUCCCCAACCACUUCUUUCUCCACAGAGGGCUGGUCACCUCCUCCCCAUGCUGUGCUGCCCAGUGCAGCAGUCUGGGAGCUGACAUUGUUCGUGAAGACAGAGGCAAAAAAAGCAUUAAGUACAUUAGCUUUUUCCACAUCCUCUGUCACUAGGUUGCCUCCCUCAUUCAGCAAGGGGCCCACACUUUCCUUGACUUUCUUCUUGUUGCUAACAUCCCUGAAGAAACCCUUCUUGUUACUCUUAACAUCUCUUGCUAGCUGCAACUCCAGGUGUGAUUUGGCCUUCCUGAUUUCACUCCUGCAUCCCCGAGCAAUAUUUUAUACUCUUCCCUGGUCAUUUGUCCAAUCUUCCACUUCUUGUAAGCUUCUUUUUUGUGUUCAAGAUCAGCAAGGAUUUCACUGUUAAGCCAAGCUGGUCGCCUGCCAUAUUUACUAUUCUUUCUACACAUCGGGAUGGUUUGUCCCUGUAACCUCAAUAAAGAUUCUUUAAAAUACAGCCAGCUCUCCUGGACUCCUUUCCCCCUCAUGUUAUUCUCCCAGGGGAUCCUGUCCAUCAGUUCUCUGAGGGAGUCAAAGUCUGCUUUUCUGAAGUCCAGGGUCUGUAUUCUGCUGCUCUCCUUUCUUCCCUGUGUCAGGAUCUUGAACUCGACCAUCUCAUGGUCACUGCCUCCCAUGUUCCCAUCCACUUUAGCUUCCCCUACUAAUUCUUCCCGGUUUGUGAGCAGCAGGUCAAGAAGAGCUCUGCCCCGAGUUGGUUCCUCCAGCACUUGCACCAGGAAAUUGUCCUCUACCCUUUCCAAAAACUUCCUGGAUUGUCUGUGCACCGCUGUAUUGCUCUCCCAGCAGAUAUCUGGGUGAUUGAAGUCUCCCAUGAGAACCAGGGCCUGCGAUCUAGUAACUUCCGUGAGUUGCCGGAAGAAAGCCUCGUCCACCUCAUCCCCCUGGUCUGGUGGUCUAUAGCAGACUCCCACCACGACAUCACCCUUGUUGCUCACACUUCUAAACUUAAUCCAGAGACACUCAGGUUUUUCUGCAGUUUCAUACUUGAGCUCUGAGCAGUCAUACUGCUCCCUUACAUACAGUGCAACUCCCCCACCUUUUCUGCCCUGCCUGUCCUUCCUGAACAGUUUAUAUCCAUCCAUGACAGUACUCCAGUCAUGUGAGUUAUCCCACCAAGUCUCUGUUAUUCCAAUCACAUCAUAAUUCCUUGACUGUGCCAGGACUUCCAGUUCUCCCUGCUUGUUUCCCAGGCUUCUUGUGAAGGGCCAGAUUCUGCCUUCUCCUUACAUGGAUGCACAGUGGGGUGGAGGAGCAAGGCGAAUCCUUCUUGGCAGUGGCCUGUGUAAGGGCCAGGCAACGUCGUAGUCCCUUCACAGAGCCUGCUCUCUCCUUACUCCACCAGGGAUGCACAGUGCCCCAGUGAGGAUAAGAAGAGCUGCGGGGAGGUGAGGCCAUGGCCCAGCCCAUCCUCCACACUACAUAAUGGACCCAGUAUGCAUGGUGGGAGAAUAAGCUGCACCCCAUUAAGAGGUGUAGUAAUGGGCAUGCCUUCUCCCUGCUCUAGGGAGUUCAGGGUCACAUAUGGUAAGCCUGGAUGCCUCCCAGUGCUCCACACACCCCAUAGUUUGGGCCUUGCUGAAAUGGCAUAACUUAGCCCCAGGGGAAUAAGGGUUUUCAGGAUUGAUCCCAGCAUAGAGAACAGACCCAUACACACUUACAUAAUUGGUAUGAUAUACUCUCAGUAACUGUCUAUUGUGUCCAAAUGUAAUACAGUAGCUCCCUUGAUUAAAACAGAGUCCUGUAUUCAGUUACUGUCAUAAAGCAAUUAUUAUUAUUGCAAAGCACAAUUCUGUGAGGCCUCCAGCAAACCUGACGUGGGUUUAGUCCCAUUAAAUUGACAGUGAUACAAUAUGGAAUGCAAAGAUUGGUUUGUUAUUGCAGCCUCCAAAUUGUUCCAGUUAUUACAUUAUAGCAUCAUUACAGAACGUGCUCCAAGGGGAAUAGUUCAUUGGGCUCAAUCGUGCUCCACCUACUGUGAAUGGAGGCUUUGCCCUUGAGCAAGAUCCAACUCAGUUAAAGGACCAUGAGAAGAACAGAGAUGUGUCAUCGCUGGUUUUAACUAGAAGAGCUGCACUCGUAGCUCUAACUGCCUGGUGUUACCGAUCCCCUUACAAAUGGUGUGCCCGAUCCUGCAGAGGUCUGCGUGCCUCCUGCAAAGUACCAGCACCCUUCACACCCGUCACCCAGCAUCUCUCUAGAGAUAAUUGGCUCUUUGGAGUAUCAAGUCAUGUAUUAUUUGGCCAGCAUGUUGUUAAGGUUAAGAAGUUGUUGGUAUAUUACAGCCUAUGAGGCCGCAGCUGUACAUGGAACACUCCACAAACUUUUUUUAAAACAUUUUUAUCCUCCAGGUUAUCAGUUUGCUACUGGCAGGACACAUAUCCCAACAUUAAUUGUAUGCUCUAUGAAAAUGCAGGUUUUUUACCAUCAAAUGUAAAUGUAGUAAUUAGAAAUAUCAUUAUUCAGUGCCAGACAAAGGCAGAUUAAAUUGGAGAUGGUGUUUUCAACUUUUAAAAAUUAACGUAUUAUACAAUAAGUUUUGGUGUUGAUUAGAUUCUUAUAAGAGCCAAAGCAUUUUGUUGCAAAAUAAAGAACUUAAGUCACUGGGAUUGCUGAUCCACCCUGUUUUUAUAAAGAUAUUUAGUCUCUCAAUUACUCUAUUCAUACAGCCAGAGUUUUCCUGAAACAGCUUCACUCGAUUUUCACUAGAAACCGGUGAAAGGACAUGGGGAAAUACUAAGUUAUUUAUUUAAAGUUGAACAAGAAGUAACAUUUCCUUUAUAAAAGCUGUUUAAGAUCCCAAAAUCUGUAACCCAAUGUGUUUGUGUGUAGACUUAUAAAUACAAAUAAAUUAACUUUAAAACAA